UUUCAUUCCAUUAGCUGUAUCAUUUAAGUAAAGAUUAGGAGAGUAAAAACUGUAUUUAUAUUUUUAAUACUAUAGACAUUUGGACUUAACUUCUUUAAGAUAUUGAUUUCAUCAAGUCAUACAAAAUGGUUCACAAGUACUCUAUUUUGCUUCCUACUUACAAUGAAGUCGAUAAUUUACCUUUGAUUGUUUGGCUUAUUUGUGAACAUAUGAAUAAUGUGAAAGCCAGUUAUGAAAUUAUCAUAAUUGAUGAUAAUUCUCCUGAUGGCACUCAGGAUAUGGCCAGACAGUUGCAAAAAGUUUACGGAACAGAUAUUGUUCGUUUGGAGCCUAGAGCCAAAAAAUUAGGUUUAGGCACAGCUUACAUUCAUGGAAUGGAACGAGCAACUGGAAACUUCAUCAUUAUCAUGGAUGCUGAUUUGUCACACCAUCCAAAAUUCAUUCCUGAAAUGAUCAAACGUCAAAAAGAAACAAACUGUGAUAUCGUCACCGGUACUCGUUACGCGGGUAACGGAGGCGUUUAUGGAUGGGAUUUUCGCAGGAAAUUCAUCAGUCGAGCAGCUAAUUACUUGACGCAAGUCCUCUUGGCGCCUGGAGUUAGCGAUUUGACAGGCAGUUUUAGAUUGUACAGAAAAGAAGUGCUGCAAAAUCUCGUUUCGUCUUGUAUAUCCAAAGGAUACGUCUUUCAAAUGGAGAUGAUUGUCAAAGCUCGUCAGUUUGAUUAUUCCAUCGAAGAAGUACCCAUCUCGUUCAUUGAUCGUGUCUACGGAAGCUCGAAACUCGGCGGCUCCGAAAUAAUCCAAUUUGCCAAAGGACUCGUACAGUUAUUUUUCACAAUCUAAUAAGCCAAUUAUCGAUUGGAGAAAUUGAUUUUAUAAAUUGUACAUUGUAUAUAAAAUAAAAUUUUUUAUUCGAAUCAUUUUUAAGGAUUCGAGACACAA